UUUCUUUGAUGGACUAUUUGUAGAUAGUACCAAGUAAUAAUGGUGAUAGGAGGACUGAAUUUUCAGAACAGGCUGCCCAACCCUCUGAGGAAAAGCUGACAUUGUCGGCCAGUUGUUCAGAUGUACAAAGCCCUCAAUUUUUUUUAAAACUUUCAAUUUUGUUUUCAUUGCACUUUCUUAAAACUGUUACAUAAUAUGUUGCGUGUGCUCGAGAAAUAUUUUGUCGCAAACCAAAAUCUUAAUGUUGAAAAGCAAAAAACAAAACAAGAUUAGGUAUACAAUUUAGGUACAUUUUUAAAAAGUUGAAUAGCUUGCCAACGUUGUAAUUGAUUUUUAACGAAAAAUGGCAGGAAGGGUAUAAGGGAGACAAUAGUACUUUACCACGUACGAGCCAAUAUUUUCAUAGUUAUAUCCCGUGUUUUUAUAUAAAAUCAAACGGCAAGGCUAUUUCUUCCUGCAAAGUUUGCGUGCAAAUUCAGAAGUUUCUGUGUGUUUCACGACAGGCAAUGUAAAUCUGAGUAGGUGUGUGACGUGCAGCUUCAGCGAGUCAAAACGAUUUUUUAUUCUGUUCACCAAAGUUUACAUAAUCUGAGUGAAUAAGUCCAUGCGAGUACACAAUUUGCCCAAUACAAAAGAGAAACCUACGAAUACGUAGGCCUUGUAAGGAGGUGUCCGCACUACUUCGGACGAAUUUCCCUAUUGGCGCGAUUGCGACCAAAUUCCUAUUUGGUGCUGUAAACAAAACAAAACGUGCGGAAGCUCACACAGCCGCUAGAUCUAGCAGUAGACUAGCAGUCGGCGCAAUACGAACGAGAUCGCUGGAGAGAGGUGUCUGUUACGGAAAAUAUGGAUGGAAUUCAGCCUUUAUUGGAAUCUUGUGUUCACUCAUCUUCAAUCAACAAUUGGGUGGAUGUAAAAGACUCGUUGCGAAAUGUUUUAGCGAAAGAGAGCGACUUCAAGUCUGUUGUGGUUGGGCCGUUCCUCCAGUCCCUGAAUGAGGUCCUCAAGUCUCUUGCAGAAAAACUUGGAAGUGAUAGCGAGGACUCCAAGGUACUGCAGGGUUGUGCCGCUGAAAGUUUUCGAUGUCUACGCCAAGCCUGUGCCCUCAACUCUGAUGUCCAGAGUGGCCUUUCAUCUUGUCCAGACUUGUUAGAGAAUACAAAGCUCAUCAUUGAGAAAGUGCAUUCGCUCGAUUCAAAGUCGGACUCGGAAAAUGUUUUAAAAUGCAGUGCUCAAUUUUUGGGGAACACUUGUGCUUCCAAUACAGAAAAUCAGAAGUUGAUCUGGGAUAUGUUCAUUCAACAACUCAGG